AUGCGGUACGAUUUGGCCGGUAAUGGCGAUAAGCUCGGCGCGGCCCAUACCUACCUCCGUGGGGCGGAGUCGCCGCGCGAUCGAUACGCGAACGCGCGCCCGCCGAGCCCCGAGCGCCGUCUCGCUCGUGCUAACGUGCGAACCGCACGGGAGCAAUGGAGAGGUGGCGCCUCUGCCAUUCGCCGGGCCCUCCCCCGGGGGGCGGGCGCCGCUCAGGGGGCGCCGGACGACGAGUCGCUCAGUCACCGAGAGACAGCGUGCCGUGCGCGUGCGUACACCGGCGUACGAUGCGCAGCCCGUGAGCCGACACAGCCACGAUGCUCGUGCCACCCGAAA